UUAUUAUUUUCUUCACGUUGCUGCACAUUAACCAACGGUCUGGGCAGCGCACGACGGUUCUAGUUUUUUCGGGAGUCUUCUGGAGCUUUCCCCAAUCGUCUUAAAUCCCAGAUUUUUCUCCCCCCUUUCUCAGCAAUCAAACACUCCUCAUCACAAUCUCCAUUACUUCUCGACUUGCAUUUUCUCACUACGUUGCUCUCUUACUUUCUCCACACUAAUCCAAAUACAUUUACAAGAUUCUGUGUGAUCCAAACAAGAUGAGCAGAGUUGCGGAUUCGAAUGUGUUCAAUGGCGAUUUGGCCUCUGCAGUGAGUCACCUCCUCAAUUUCCCGGAAAGUGUGGGAAAAUUCAUGUUUCCUUCGCGGUCUGAGGACACCGAUGACAACAAAGGGGUGGGGAGCAUUCAAGUUGACAUUCUUGACACUCCCAAGGAGUUUGUCUUCUACAUGGAUGUGCCUGGUUUAUCCAAGUCUGACAUUCAGGUGAUGGUGGAGGAGAAGAACACUCUGGUGGUGCGAAGCAAUGGGAAGAGGAAGCGGGAAGAUGGUGAAGAAGAAGGAUGCAAGUAUAUUAGGCUCGAGAGGAAGGGACCCCAAAAGUUGCUGAGGAAGUUCCGGUUGCCUGAGAAUUGCAAUGUGUCGGCAAUCACAGCCAAAUGUGAGAAUGGGGUCUUGACCGUGGUUGUUGAGAAGCUGCCUCCACCACCCAAACCCAAGACUGUUGAGGUUGCCAUAGCUUAGUGGAAGACAUGUUGGAGUCCUCAGUUACUUGCUAGGAUGAUGUAGGUAUUCUGUAUCUAUGAAGUCUAUUCGUAUUAUCGCCCACCUUUUACUUUUUGGUAUCAAUGUUGUGCAAAACAUUGCUUUUGGGUUCAAUUGCUGUAGAAAUUGACCUCUCUUUUGGGUAUCAAUAUUGUGCUAAACAUUGCUUCUGGGUAUCAAUGUUGUGCAAAACAUUGUUUUUGGGUAUCAAAUUAUCAAUGUUGUGCAUGGCAUUGCUUUUGGGUUCAAUUGCUGUAUAAAUUGACCUCUCUCUUUUGGGUAUCAAUGGUGUGCUAAAUACUGCUUUUGGGUUCAAUUGCUAUAGAAAUUGUGCAUAUGUGAGCAGUUUCUUGUAAAGACUGGUGCUGAAUGUUCCGCUUGUAGAUCCACUAUAGAACUUGAUAA